CACACGGGUCAAAAUGCAAAGCCAGGAGCCCAUCUGAGCAGACUUUGCCACACGACCUGGAUAGACUUUUGCAUCAGGUUAAAAUAUUACUCUAAAUCAUUUUUUUGUAGGACAUUUUGUUUUGGCAAUAUCAGGAAAGAUGUGCAGCAGCAGCAACAGCAUCAUCCAGGCCCAAAAACUGGUGGAUCAACUCCAAAUUGAAGCAGGCAUGGAAAGAUUCAAGAUCUCCCUCACAGCAGCAGAUUUAGUCCAAUACUGUCAGGAACACAGACGCAGCGAUCCUCUGCUAACCGGCAUAUCGGCUUCGUCCAACCCUUUCAAAGAUAAGAAGACCUGUGUACUACUCUGACACCAGAAGAUCCAUGCCACAAUACAGAAAACGUAGACUGGGAGCUCCAAAGGAUUAGUUUAGACAUUUUUAUUUUGCCUGUCAUGUGUUUAUGCCUCGUCUGCAAACAUACAUAUAAUUUCUGACACAGAAUUUUCAGGACUUUCGAUGGAAACGUUAGUUUCACAGACUUAUAAACAAAAGAACAGAAGUACUUUUAUUGUGCAUUGUAGUUUAAUUUGUUAGUGCAUAAAUACAAUAAACAAUUAAAUAUUUGUGGUUUCUUUGAGUUUUGAACAUAGAAUUUUGAACAUGAAUAAAUAUUACAAGAUAUAAAUUACACAAUAGCAAAAAUUACCAAAACAACAGAAACAUUCUUUAAUUAAAUCUAUCAAAUAAGAGUGUAAGACAAAAUGACUUGGAAAUGAAUCAGGACUCCAUCAACACUGAAAAUCUGGUUUUCAAAAUAAAUGUUCAGUUUGAACCUUAAAAGACAGUAAAAGGAACAGUUUGUUUAUCUGGCAGUGUGGCUGAAGGUUUAUAAAGCUGUUGUUUUAAGCAGACAGAGCAGGUUUACACUCACUGCCAAAUAGCAGUAACUUCCUAUUGUGUUAGAUUAGAGUAGCUUGCUUGGAAUACACUAUUUGCAAGUGUAUUGUACCACACAUUUGUGACAUGUGUAAUUUCACUUCAUAUAUUAGUUUAUUGGAUUUCCAUAUGGAAAUAUUCCUUCCUUAAGAUAAUAUCCAGGGAUGCAUUUAUCUUUUCACCAACAAAUAUAAAUAGACAAAAAGAAAAACAGAAACAUGUUAAUAAAGCUCAGAUUUCUACUGCAGGAUUUCAUAAACUACAAGGUUUUAAGGCUUGACCUGAAGGGGGG